AUGGUGGACUUUGCAUUGCCUGAGGAUCUGAAGAUGAAAAUACUAGAGUUAGUAGGUUCCAAUGUGCAACUGACGCUCGUUUGCGAUUUGACAUUUUGUGAGCACGAUUUUGGCAAUCGUUUGGUGCUAGUGCUACCCGAGUCUUUGUCUGGCGUGCCAAUCAACCUUAAGAAAAGGCAGUUGCUUACCGUACGGAUGAUCAGACCCACUGGUGGACCCAGGAAAUUUUUGGAGAAGGGGAAAAAUUUGAAAGGCUAA